UGAAAACAUUAAGAAACACCCUCAAUCGGUCAGUGAUUAAAGAAAGCCUCAUCAAUCUUCUAACUAAACCCAUUAAUUCCUCUCUCUCUCUAUCUCUUCUCCCUUGUCUCCGGCGAUCCGGCCAUGACUUCCUCAGCCCCCUUCCUCCUCUUCCUCGCCGGAUUCCUCCUCGUGCCGGCUUCUGCCGUCUUCCCGGCUGCCUCCACCUUCAUUGCCAACCCCUGGCUCCCCUUCAAAAACCUCUCCGGCUGCCGUCACGGCCAAGACUGGCCCGGCCUCGCCGCCCUCAAGGGCUAUCUCCGGCACUUCGGCUACCUCCCCCGGUCCAACUUCACCGAUGCCUUCGACGACGAGCUCCAGGUCGCGAUCCGCAAUUACCAGCGCAACUUCGGCCUCAGCGUCACCGGGGAGCUGGACGCCGCCACCGUUUCCCAGAUCAUCACCCCUCGCUGCGGCGUCGGCGACUUCAUCAACGGAUCGUCCACCAUCAACGGAUCCGCCCACGGCCGCCACCUCUACUCCUACUUCCCCGGCCUCCCCCAGUGGCCCUUCUGGCGGCGUGAUCUCAGGUACGCCAUCACCGCCGCCUCCGACGUCUCCAUCGACCGCUCCGUGCUGAGCGAGGUCCUGGCCCGGGCCUUCGCGCGGUGGGCCUCCGUCACCACGCUGACGUUCUCGGAGACGGAUUCGGAGGCGGCGGCAGACAUCCAGGUCGGGUUCUACCUGGGCUCGCACGGCGACGGGGAGCCGUUCGACGGGCGGCUGGGGACGCUGGCGCACGCGUUCUCGCCGACGGACGGGCGGCUGCACUUCGACGCGGCGGAGGCGUGGGUGGCGCGGGGGGACGUGGCGAAGGCGAGGUCGGACGCGGCGGUGGACUUGGAGUCGGUAGCGGUGCACGAGAUCGGGCACCUGCUGGGGCUGGGCCACUCGACGGCGGCGGAGGCGAUCAUGUACCCGUCGCUGAGGACGCGGACGAGGAAGGUAGAGUUAGCGAGCGACGACGUGGAGGCGAUUCAGAAUCUGUACGGGAGCAACCCCAACUACCAGGGCGGCGCGGGGAGCACGCCGGAGAGCAUCCCGGAGAGGAAUGGGCCGGACGGAGGGCGGCGACGGUGGUUGACAAUUUUGCCUAUACUGGCCGUUGGAUUGUGGUGGGAAUAAGUAGAAUUCAUGGUUAUUAAAUAUUUUUCUUUUCUUUUUUUUCUUUAUUUUCAGAUUGACACAUUUACAUUUUAUUUUUAUUUGUUUUGAUACACUGAGUCGGUUGUAAUCUUUUGUAUAGUUGUACAAUAUUAUACAUACAU